UCAAUAGCCAAUCAGAACCUCCACAUGGACCUGCCAGUCAGAAGAGGAGGCGGCUCUUCCAGGUCAAGCUUGCAAGCUCCUUUCUGUAACUCAGCGAUCAUGAGAGUUUCUGUGUGAUGUGUUCUGCGUGAUUCUACUGGGUGUUGUGAGAGAAGUGUCUUCGCUGGAUGCUGUGAAUUUAGCUCAAGCAAGCUCAGAACUUCACACAUGACACUCUGACCCUAAGCAUGGUCCUCAUGUCACUCAAGACUCAAUGGCCAAUCAAAACCUCCACAUGGAGUUGCCAGGCAGAAGAGGAGGUGACUCUUCCAGGAUUUAGUCACCUAUGAUGACGUGCAUGUGAACUUCACUCAGGAUGAGUGGGCUUUGCUGGAUCCUUCUCAGAAGAGUCUCUACAAGGGUGUGAUGCUAGAGACCUAUAAGAAUCUCACAGCUAUAGGUUACAUUUGGGAAGAACAUACGAUUGAAGACCAUUUUCAAACUUCUAGAAGUCAUGGAAGGUAAUUUUACUCUGCAAGCUGAGGAGAAAAUGCCUAUGAAGAAAGUUUAACUUGUGCUACAAGUAGUAAAGAAAACCAAUAGGGUACAAUAAGCACUGCUUUCAGUGAUGGAUGUUUACUGACUUUCAUAAAAAUCAUAUAUGUUUAUGGCAGAUAUGUAACUGUUGUUUGCAAGACAUUCCAUUAGGUCAAAGACAGAGAAAUAAUGGCUUAACAGGUAUGUUACUGUUUAAAUCAAGCCUAGUACAGCCAUGCUAUACAAGUGUGAGUGUCUUCAGUCUCAUAUCGCUUAGCUAUUGCAAAAGGAACACACAGUGAUUAGGUGACAAGUAUAUGUCUAAAACCUAGUAAUGAGCAAAUAAUCCAUAGUGUAUCUGAGCUCAAUGAUAUACUUGUAAUAACAUUGCUAAAUUUAGUGAGAUGAACAGUUCAUAAGAUUCAAAAAUGGUUUUGUGGAAAAACCUUAAUCUCUGUACCACAUCUCUGUGACAAAAAAAAGUCAGCUGUGAAUGUAAUGUGGAAUUUUCACUUGUUAUUCUUCUUUUGAUGUGGAUGUCAUAGGUUACGAUUGAUACAAGCCUUGUGAUCACUGGGGCAUUGAAAGAAGCCACAUACCUUUCACUUUUCCAGAACAAUUAGAGGAUAUGCAGUAUAACAUAUUUUGAACAACAUACUAAAUGUGCUAUAUAAGUUUAUAAAAAAUUUGUUUCCGAACAUUGCUGGGGACAUUUACCAACUCUAACUGCUGAAAAUAGUAAUGAGAAUUAAGGCAGUAGAAUUUUUUUUUUCUUUUGCAUUUGUUCAUAUUCCAAAUGUAGUAUUACUCUCAUGAUAACAAAAUUUGUGAAUGCAAUAAUUGUGCAAACACUGUGAGUUCUUCCUGUUUUUUUUCAAAUAUGUGAGUAACCUUUUAUAGAAAAAGUAUGUUAUAAAUGUGAGCCAGAUAAUCAAUACUGUUCCCAUUUCAUAUAUCCUCGAAGAUGUAAAACAAUUCAUAAUUUAGUAGAACUCCUUUGAAUAUAAACAAAGUAAUAUUAUGUUAACAUUAGAUUGCUCUGUUCAAUGAAACCAAAAUUUAAAACAAUUCAUACAGAUAAAAAGACUCAUCAGUAUAAUCAGUGUAAGAAAGAUUUCACGUGUGCAAAUUUUAUUUGCAGGCAUGAAAGAAGUUGUUCUGCAGAGCAACCCUCUGAGUUUAUUCAAUGUGGUAAAGCCUUUGCAUAUGAGAGUGGUAGACAAAGGCAUCAAAUUAAACAUAAUGGAGAGAAACACCAUGACUGUAACCAAUGUGGUAAGGACUUUAGAACAUGGAAUGUCCUGCAAAUACAUAAGCGAACACAUACAGGAGAGAAACCCUAUGACUGUAAACAAUGUGGUAAAGUCUUUGCAAGAAGCUGUCAUCUCCAAAUACAUAAUCGAACACAUGCAGGAGAGAAACAGUAUGAAUGUAACCAAUGUGGUAAAGCUUUUAAAAGAAGGAUUAACCUCCAAAUACAUAAGCGAACACAUACAGGAGAGAAACCCUAUGAAUGUAACCAAUGUGGAAAAGCCUUUGCAAGUAGUGGUGAACUCCAAAAACAUAAACGAACACAUACAGGAGAGAAACCCUAUGAAUGUAAACAAUGUGGUAAAGCCUUUUCACAAAGCAGUCAUCUCCGAAUACAUAAGCGAACACAUACAGGAGAGAAACCCUAUGAAUGUAACCAAUGUGGAAAAGCCUUUGCAAGAAGUGGUGACCUCCAAAAACAUAAACGAACACAUACAGGAGAGAAACCCUAUGAAUGUAAACAAUGUGGUAAAGCCUUUGCACAUAGCAGUCAUCUCCACAAACAUGAGCGAACACAUACAGGAGACAAACCCUAUGAAUGUAAACAGUGUGGUAAAGCCUUUGCAGUAAUCUAUACUCUCCAAAUGCAUAAGCGAACACAUACAGGAGACAAACCCUAUGAAUGUAAACAAUGUGGUAAAGCCUUUGCAGUAAUCUAUACUCUCCAAAUGCAUAAGCGAACACAUACAGGAGAGAAACCCUAUAAAUGUAAACAAUGUGGUAAAGCCUUUGCAAGAAGCUGUCAUCUCCGAAUACAUAAGCGAACACAUACAGGAGAGAAACCCUAUGAAUGUAACCAAUGUGGUAAAGCCUUUGCAGAAAGCAGUACUCUCCAAAUCCAUAACCGAACACAUACAGGAGAGAAACCCUAUGAAUGUAACCAAUGUGGUAAAGCUUUUAUAACAAGGAGAGUCCUCCAAAUACAUAAGCGAACACAUACCGGAGAGAAACCCUAUGAAUGUAACCAAUGUGGAAAAGCUUUUGCAAGAAGUUGUGACCUCCAAAAACAUAAACGAACUCAUACAGGAGAGAAACCCUAUGAAUGUAACCACUGUGGUAAAGCCUUUGCACAAAGCAGUUCUCUCCGAAUCCAUAAGCGAACAUAUACAGGAGAGAGACAAUAUGAAUGUAACUAGUAUGGUAAAGCCUUUGCAGGAAGCAGUGGUCUCCAAUGCCAUAAAAGAUCACAUACACGAAAGACACCAUAUGAAUGAAACCAAGGUGGUAAAUCCUUUGAAGGAAGCAGUGGUCUUGAAUAUCAUAAUCGAACACACACAGCUGAAAAACCCAGGAAUGUAACCAAUGUGGUAAAGUCUUUGCAGAAAGGAGUGACCUUUAAAGAGAAAAGACCAUACAGGAGAGAAACUCUAUGUAGGUAUCUGAUGUUAUAAAGCCUUUGCAGCAAGCAUUGAUCUCCAAGUACAUAAAUGAACAUAUACCAGAGAGGAACCUUUUAAACGUAACCAAUGUGUUUAACCUUUUUCGAAAACCAAUAGUCUUUACACACAUAAAAGCACAUAUAGUUGAGAGAAAUGCUUUGAUUUUAACCAAUGUGGUUAAACUUUUUCAAAAAGCAGUCAUCAACAAAAUCAUGAAAGAGCACGUAUAGGAGAGAGAUUUUUGAAUGUUAGCAAUGGUGCUUUUAUAGCUUUUUCACAAAGCAGUGGCCUCCAAAUAUAUAAAGGAACACAUACAGGAGAGAAACCCUAUGAAUAUUGGCAAUGUUUUAAAACACUUCUACAUCACAAUCAUCUUCAAAUCUGUAAGGAACAUGAGGUUUUGAGAAAUCCUCUGAAUAACACCAAUUAGGGAAAGCAAUUGUACAAAAGAGUCAUCUCCCAACACAAAAGUAUACACACUAGAUAGAAACCCUAUGAAUAUAGGCAAUGUGGUAAACAUUUUAUAAGUCACAGUAGUCUCUAAGUAAAUAAAAAGAGACACAGUUGAGAAAAACACUAUGAAAUGAACAAGUGAACAGAGCCUUGUGCAUUAAAAUCUUCAAAUACAUAAAAGAAGACAUAGAGGUGAGAAAUCCGAUGUCUACAAGCCAUGUGGUAUUGCUUUCACUUGUCAGUCAUAUUCAAAGACACAAAAGAAAACAAAAUGUAACAAAAGGCUGAGUGUGUUUAAUAUGGUGAAACUUUUUGAAUAUUUUAGAGUCUUCACAAUGAAACAAUUCAUACUGCAAAUAAAUUUAGGAAUAUAAUAUGGUGAAACCUUUUCAGAUUUCCCAAAUCUUCAUCAUUAUGAAUGGGAAACCCAUAAAUGCAUUCAAUAUGGGGAAGCCUUUAAACAUUUCUAAUUCUUUAUAAUCCUGAAAAUAAUCAUACAAAGUUCAAGGGGAUACAAGAAAUGUUUCUUAUUGUCUUGCUUGAGUUACAGUCCUGACAUCCUUUGGUAUGAAUAUCAAUGUGGAAAUUGUGAGUGGAUUCCCUUUCCUCCCCAACUGCUUCUUGGUCAUAAUGUUUAUGCAGGAAUAGAAACCCUGACUAAGACAAAUUGGUAUCAGGAGUGGGGAAUUCCUGUGACAACCUGACCAUGUUUUGGGAGGACUGUGGAAGGACUUUGGAACUUUGGGUUAGAAGAUCCAUUCUGUGUUAAGAACGCUGUGGGAUGUUGUGUAGGAGCUUGGAAGAUAAUGUUGAGAAUCGUGCAGAAGAUGGAAGCCUGGCUUGUGAAAUUUCAGAGGGAAAAUUAAAGCCUCUUUUCAGGGCCAUUGUUACUUUGUGAAGAUUCUGUGGUUCUGGUUAACUGGGGCUGAAGAAUCAGCUGUGAUUAACAAGAUAAUAGAAUUUCUAGAGUGAAAACUUUGCAUUACUGGGACUGUUGAUGCUGGUUAGCUGGAGCUAAGAAAUUAGCAGUGAUUAAGAAGAAACCAGCAUUAUUGAAGUGGCAUCAUCUGUGAAGUGUUUUCUGAGAGCACAGAGGAAGUGUUCUAGAGAUAAUCAAGGUGGUACCUUGUGCUGUGGCUGGACUUGGUAGUGUGUAAGUCUUACCCUCGUGGUACUGGUUUUGAAGGCAUGAAGGGAUAAUGCAGAUCAGCUAAGGCCCAGCAGUUUGAGAGGCCAUGGAAGGCCACUGGUGAAGGUGCAGACUCAGGUGAAAUUGAUGGCCCAGUACUGAAGAGAUCAUGCAGUGUGUUGGAGUUGACAGGUCCAUGAUUGACCACGAAGAACAGCAGCAGCAGUAAAGUACAUGCAUCUGGAGCAUAGAGGACAAGUUGUGUGCUACAAAGGACAGGGUUGGAAAAGUGACCCAAGCCCUUGGUUCUUUUGGAGUUGUCCAAAAGAUUGUGAGUUGGAUCCCAGACAUUGGACAGUUGGAGUUUAAUUUUUACUUUUGAUUGUGACUGUGCCCUGAUGUUUUUCCCUCUUGAAGGAAACAAGUAUUUUAGUGGAUUCCAUUGUAAAAGGCUUUGGAUUUUGAAGGAUAUUGGAUAUUUUAAAAGCAUUGAACUUUUAAUAUGUAAAGUCUGUGGGGCUUUCAAAGUUGUGUAUAUCUUGGGCAUGAAUAAGAAACUAAGAGUUGAGCAUUACUAGUGAUGUGUUUGCGUGUCAAAUUGACAAGGUGUCAAUUAUACUGGCUAAUUUUGUGUCAACUUGACACAAGCUGAAGUUAUCACAGAGAAAGGAGCUUCAGUUGGGAAAUGCCUCCAUGAGAUCCAGAUGUAAGACAUUUUCUCAAUUAGUGAUCAAGGGGAAAGGCCCCUUGUGGGUGGGACCAUCUCUCUGCACUGGUAGUCUUGGGUUCUCUAAGACAGCAGUCUGAGCAAGCCAGGUGAAGCAAGCUAGUAAAGAAACAUCCUUCUGUGGCCUCUGCAUCAGUUCCUGCUUCUUGACCUGCUUGAGUUCCAGUCCCGACUUCCUUGGUGAUGAACAGUAAGCAGUAUGAAAGUGUAAGCCAAAUAAACCCUUUCCUCCCCAACUUGCUUCUUGGUCAUGAUGUUUGUGUAGGAAUAGAAACCAUGAAUAAGACAAGGGGUAUAAGGUAUGGAUUGUAAAAAAAAGGUUAGACAAUAAAGAAAUGAAGAAAUAAAAUUAAUUUUUUUUUAAAAAAGGAGGAUCAGACAGAAACAUUCCUUCCAAAUUAUACCUUUAUUUUCACACCAAUCAGGAUUUAGGGAUAGGGGCUUAUGUAGUUUACAGUGUCAUCUGUUAUAUAUUAUGGGUGUUAUAGCUUAACUAAUCAUAUGGAUUUGUUCUUUGGUGGUAAAGUACAGGUCUUAUGUUUUGAGGGGCACAAUGAAAAGCAGAAAGCAUUGUUAGAGACAGUCAUUAUGUUUUAAAAAGAAAAUAUGAGUAAAGUGAGGUUGGAUCUCCACAAUACCUAAUCCUUGGAAACGAACUUAGUUUCACCAUAUGAUUAAAUUCAGGAUAAUAACAAAAAGGCAAUACUUAGGGCCUGGUGUUUGGAUUUGAUUUGUUUUUCUGCUAAUUCCCAAUUGUGUAUUGAUUCUUAUGCUACUCCUGUUAAAUUCUUCCCAAAUUUCAUGAUAAUCCUGUACUGGGACACUGAGAUUCCCUGCCCCAAGCUGAUUAUAAAUGGGUAACAAAAGUGCCAGCAGCCAAUGGCUAGGCAGGCAACAAAGGCAGAACUUUUGGAUUCAUGGCAAGGGAAACAAAGAGGAUCUCCAUGCCAGUAAAGGAUUUGGAUGCCAGCUUCAGAGCUGGGAAAGACUCAAUACCAGCCACAUAAAAGCUAGGAAAGAGUGACCCCAGUGUUCCCUCCUCUGAUUGGUUCUGGAGAAGCAAAGAUGGCCUCUAGAUUUAGGAAAUUAGGUGUAUCACAGGGGAACCAAUAGCAAUGUGGAUGUUUGGUAGUGUCCCAGCCAAUGAGCUGAUUUGGCAUAUUACAUAAUGCUGUUUGUCUUUCAUUUCAGACUCCAAAGUACUUGUAUGCUGAGCUAAGAACUUAAACAAGUGGCAUUUUAUAGUAGAGCAGAGUAACCAACUGAGUCUACAGAAGGCAUCACACCUAUAGGAUGGAAUGCAAUAUUAAAAACUAAUUGGGGAUUCUCAAAUGAAAAACAAAUGCUAAGAUGUGAAAUUAAGGGAUGAGGAAAAUUGGUUUCUUAGUGGAUUCGCUUGUUUUGCUGAGCCAUUUGAGUCCUCACUAGCUGUGCAGGUUCACAACUAAAACAAAAGUUGAGCUAAAAUGGUAUGCAUAAUUCUUGGAUUUGUGGAAUGAGCUGGGACUCAGAAAAAUGUCCCAAGCUGAUCCAGACGUCCUUGUUGGUCUGGAUUUUCCAUGAGCCCUCUUCCACCAUGAGCCCUUCUAAAAGAUUUCUGUCUGCCUCAAAUAGUUUAAGCUUGGAGGUGCAGUACAAAGAGACAGGCUGCUCAGAAAGCAACAACAGAGGUAGAUGGUAGAGGCUGCCCAGAGCUAUAAUCAGAAAAAAAGAAUAGAGAGAAAUCGAUGAGAUUUGUUUUAACUUCUUUUAAGGAAAAAUGAGCAGGUGGUGAUUGUGUAAGAGUGUUUGAGGCAAUCUCUGUGAAGGGCCCUAAUGUCUGCAGAGGAUUCUUCACAUGGCUGGCACCCUAGCACACCCAGGUCCUUGAGAUCACUGGUAAGUGGAAUGCAAGAUAAGUUCCAAAAAAUACAGAGGGUCUUGUAAUAGUAGGAACAGGGACAAAGGACAGCAGCAUGACCAGCGACUGAGGUUAACUUCUGGUUGGAGCCACCCUCUCCCACCCCCAUGCAAUCUUUGGCCAGAUCUCAGCAGAGGGCCCAAAGGUCCCCAGAGGACUCUUUAUGCUGAAGGCCCCCUAGCACACUCUGGUCCUUGAGAUCACUGGUGAGUGGAAUGCAACAUCACUUCCAAAAAAUCCAGUGGGUCUUGUGCUAGCAGCAACAGGGUCAAAGAACAAAGGCAGGCUCUAGCACAUCCAGAAUCUUGGGAUCACUGAGAACUGUUUAUGCAGGAGAGUAAGUGGGCAGCAGAAGUAACUAAGCUUCUUGAACAAGGUCCCUACAGGCCUUCAUCCUCAGCCAGAAGACAGACCUAACACCCAGAACCCUAGACACUUUCCCUGCGAGAGGGGAGUCGGCCUCCAGGGAGGGCUCUGACCCCAGGAAUCAGGAGGUGGAUCUGAACUCCAGACUUCUGUGCACCUUCUCUGUUGGCACUUUCUCUUUAUGUUACCUAGGUCACAUUAUAUUUAGUGGAUAGGAUUAUAGACAAUUAAGACUGUAGUUAAGAUUAAGGGAGAGUUUCCCUUAGAAUUUAAGACAUAUUUCAAACAACCAGAAUGGAGAUUUUUUAAUUAUGUUUAUUCUUUAAUUAUACUCCAGUCAUUAUCACCCCCCAAUUCCAACCACUUACAGUUUCUCAUCCCAUAUCCCGACCCCUCUGUACAUCUCCAUGAGGGUGUCCUCACACCCACAACCAUUCAACAACAUCCUGCCAGGCCUCCCCAAUCCUUGGGACUUCAAGUCUCUCAAGGAUUAGGUGUGUCUUCCCUCCCUGAGUCCGGGCCAGGCAGUCCUCCUCUGUAUAUAUGUUGGGGACUUUGGACCAACAAGUGUAUGCUGCCUGGUUGCUGGCUCAGAGUCUGAGAGAUUUCCAAGGUCAAGGUUUCUUGAGACUGUUGGUCUUGUUGGGUUGUAAGACUCCCGGGAGCCUUAGCUUACUGGGGACCUGUGAGUGAACCAUGUGGGGCUGGAAUCAAUGGAAAAAGCAAGAGGAAUUUAUUGUUCCACUAAACUGGGGUCAUCCCAGACCCUAAGGAGAGGUGGUGACCCGCGUGCCUGUUCGGCGAGCUUUUAUAUGGUUGUCAGGGGCAAAAUAGAGCAGUCAACCUAUAAUCAACCUGGCAGUGGUGGCAUACACCUUACAUUUAAAAGCUCAUAGUGGAUUGCCCAGACCCCUUAAUGAGGGCAAUGCUGCAGCAGGUUUGCAUAUCAGGCAGAGUAUAGGCAUUACACAGGAAUAGUUCAGCCAAACACUCACUUUCUUUACAUCAUUAAAAAACAAUAGGUUGAGACAACAAUUUGGUAUUUCUUGAGAAUGUGCAUGUCAAAUUGUAAAGACUUUCAUCAGUGUCCUCAAUUUCUUCCUGUAUCACACAAAGGUGUUAAUCCUCUAGGAGUUAAUCCUCUAGGACUGGUACCUACUCAGUUAUGGCAAAUAGACGUUACUUAUAUAUCUGAAUUUUAAAAAUGUUAAACAAUGUACAUAUGUGCUACAUCCAAUCCAGUAGUGAGAAGCGCGACAGGCCCCGAAAACCUGUGUGCUGUCCUGAGGCGAGAAGUUCACGGAAACUUAGUCUCCUGGAAUCUUGCCAUCACGUAUAAAGAAUGCUCCAAUGUCCUUGCUUUAGUUGGUAAACGGAUCUUGGGCUUUCCCUUAAUGUUGCUUUAUUAUAAGUCCUCCUAAGGGGGCUGGAGAGAUGGCUCAGUGGUUAAGAACAUUGACUGCUGUUCUGAAGGUCCUGAGUUCAAAGCCCAGCAACCACAUUGUGGCUCACAACCACCCAUUAUGACAUCUGAUGCCCUCUUCUGGUGUAUCUGAAGACAGCUAUAGUGGACUUAAACAUAAUAAAUAAAUCUUUAAAUCACAUAAUUAUAAAAAAAAAUAAGUGCUCCUAAGUAUUGAUUUUUUUUUUUUUUACAUAUAGCUAAGUUAGAUUCUAGGCAGUCGUUGAUCCGACCCUGGGCAUGGAUAGCUAAGUCAUUGCCCUAUGUAGGAAUUUACCAAUAUCUAGGAAGAGGGAAGUUAGUGACCUAAGGAGGAACCAGAGUAGAUACUUAGAACUAUAGAUAGCUGAGUUACACCCAUAUACAAGUGUUUACAAUGGCCUAGGGGGAACAGGAACCCAGACCCCUUAAUGAGGGCAAUGCCACAGCAGGUUUGCAUAUCAGGCAGAGUAUAGGCAUUACACAGGAAUAGUUCCGCCACACACUCUCAUUCUUUUUGUUUGUUUGGUUUUUUUCAUUUUUAAAAUUCUAUUUAUUUAUUUAUUUGUUUGUUUAUUGUAUGUAAGUACACUGUAGCUGUCUUCAGACACUCCAGAAGAGGGCAUCAGAUCUCAGUACAGAUGGUUGUGAGCCACCAUGUGGAUGCUGGGAUUUGAACUCAGGACCUCCGGAAGACCACAACAAGAAAACCCACUGAUGCUCCAAAACAAUACUUGGGUGGAGCCAUCUCCUAUCUCUCAACAUGCUCUAUCUGGAAGGAAAGGAAGUUCCUUCACAUCUCCCCAGGAUACAUUUAACAACAAACACCCCAUUAAGAACUUGCUAUAAUCAUUGUCCAGGGUCAGUGCCUUGGGUAGUUGACACAUGAGAAGCUCCUGUGACAUCUUGUGAACUGUCACUGCCAUGGAGCCAGGAACCCACCUCAGUGUUGGGACAUCAUUGCUGGUGCUAAUGUACAGACUUCAAGAAUGUGCCUGUCUAAGAUGAAAAGUGGAUGGAGGAAGGACAAGGGCAAAAGUGACAGAGUUUGUUCAAAGAAAAACAAAGCAGGGGCUUCUCAAAAAGCUAGCUUGCCAUUCCCCCAUCACCCUCAACUCUCCCAUUCCCUGAGAAUCCCACAAGUCAGGAAGGUUUCGGUGGCCCUCUUGUGGCGACCUCAAAUAUUGCUCAAUGUUUUUUGGUUGCAUCAUGCAAGUGGUACCAGCUAGAAACAAGGUGUGAAAUAAAACUGUUGUAAAGGUU